AUGGCAACUCUCACGAACCGCGGGAUCUUUGGCAGUGCAGUAGCGGCUGCAUUGGGACAGGAGAAUGACGGCGACGGCGCUCGACCGUCAACUUCUUCGCGGAAUGAGAAGCGUGACCGACCGAAAGUCUCCGGUGGAGAUAUGCCGCUUCGUGUCUCCGUGUUCGAUCGCAUGGAAGGCGGCAGAGAGGCCAAGCAGUCCGCGCAGCUCCUCACGUCAGCGGACCCAGUGCGCCGGGUCAUCGAUUGCUCACGGAGAAGGCUCGUCGUGGACACAAGCAUGGACGAGACCGGUGACGCAUGGGCAACUGACGGUUUUGGUCCGAUGCGCCGUCGACGGAAUGGGCCAACAAAUGCAAGAGGCCUGGGCUCAGGCCCCUUCCGGCCAGCCGGAGGAGCUUCGCGGCCUGGGCGACUUCGAGCGCAGUCCCAGGAGUGGAGUCACGACCUGUUUGAAGAGGGGGUUCCUCGACAACGCGAGACCAAGACGAAAGGCGUCUUCGGGGCUUCUGGACGAGGACAAGACGAAUGGGUACACGAUUUUUUCGAGGGAGACGUUACGAGCUGCCCGGGAUCGUCUGUGUUUAUUCGCGGACUCCCCGCAGGCGUCACGGAAAGCGAGUUGCGGGCCAAACUGGCUGUCUCUGGAACAGUUCUUGCUCUCAAGAUCGACGGGGGGCGUUUGCCUACGGCGCGGGUCUCUUUUCUGGAGCGAAGCGCAGCGAGGAAAGCCGUACAGACCUUCCAUGGUCGACGCAUGCGCGUCGCGGGUACCUCGCGUAUGUCAAGUGACGUGCUCAAAGUGGCCGAAGUCGACAAAGCGCGGCAGCCGGAGUCGGCGCCUGUGGCAGAAGACGCCGACGACACUUCCUACCUGGACAGUUUCGCCGCGUCUACCUCUGCUCGGGCGAGGGGUGCCGUAGGUAAGAGCUCCGAGUUCAACGACAGACGAAACAGGACAAUCACCAUGAUUGACAGCGCACAGCGGGUCUGUAACAUCACAUCUUUCUAG